CCCUGCUUUUGGUCGCCCAGCUCUGUUCAGGCUUAGACACGCAUGGAGGGGACUGCAGAGUCCCAGACGCCUGACUUGCGAGACGUGGAGGGCAAGGUGGGCAGGAAGACCCCCGAAGGGCUGCUCCGCGGGCUUCGAGGGGAGCGGGAGCCGGGAAUCCCUGGAGCCCUGCUGCUCCCGGGGGCGCCUAGCACGGGCCACGGCUUGGGGGACAAGAUCAUGGCGCUGAAGAUGGAGCUGGCUUACCUGCGAGCCAUUGACGUGAAGAUUCUACAGCAGCUGGUGACUUUGAACGAGGGCAUUGAGGCGGUGCGCUGGCUGUUGGAAGAGCGGGGGACGUUGACCAGCCACUGCAGCAGCCUCACCAGCAGCCAAUAUAGCCUGACAGGUGGGAGUCCAGGCCACUCAAGGCGAGGCAGCUGGGACAGCCUGCCAGACAUCAGUUCCACUGACCGGCUGGACAGCGUCUCCAUUGGCAGCUUCCUGGACACCGUGGCCCCCAGCGAGCUGGAUGAACAGGGCUCCCUCAGUGCUCCCCGUCCUGAGAUGGACUGGGCAAAGGUUAUACCCGGUGGGGAGAGGACUAGGACUGAGGUGGACCUGACAGCCACCAAGCUAGGGAGCUUGAGGACUGUAUGGAAGCACCCAGGGGAGGGGCUCCAGAGUGAACCUCCUGAGUCCCCAGAGGAUGAGAGUGCCAAGCUGGGCUUUGAGGUCCACUGGUACUGGGGGCAGUGUCAGGAUGAUGUGACCUUCCUGUAACAACUUGUCCAUUCUUGUGCUGCUGUGGCUCUUUCUUCACUAGGCCCUGGUCUCCCUUGAAAUUUAUUCUCCCUCAGUCUGGGACUAGAAAGAGGCUGCACUGAAAUCAGUUAUCAUGGAAACCUGGCCUACCAUCCCUCUGGUCUCUGGGGAAGCUAUGCCUUUAUCCCUCAAUUAUUGGGUCCACAGAGCUAUUUCCACAGAUAGACUGACUCCAGAGGCUUGACUUGUGGCUCCUGGUGUGAUGUUCUGUCUUCCCCUUUGCCCUGUAACUAGGUAAGGAUUUGAGGGAUUUAGGACCCUUAGGAGAUCACUGAUGAAGAGAUGGGGAUAUAAUUACCUCAUCCAAUAUCUAGGAGCCUUGGCCCCCCUCUUGGCCGAGAUGGAGGAUGGCUGAGGGACAUGGACACUCAGGACCAACCCUCCGUGGAUCGGCCUUCCCAGAAACCUCUGGUGUUGGUAGAACCACUGUUUCCUGUUUGGUGAGUGGUGUCAUUUCCUGCCAGGAUUAGUCUUUCCACUGUACCAGUCCUGUAGUUGUGAUAGAUCAACAAAGCAGUGUGUGAACUCCUGCUGCUAAGUGAGACCAUGCCAUUUAUUCUCCAUACCAUUACUUCUUGUGAGGGGGAGCGUACCACCCCUCCUGGCAGGAAAGUUUUUCACCGUUAGAUGUUUGCAUUUCUUUUCGGAAAGGUUCAUACUUUUUAAACAGGGUGUUCACCUUUUAACCCAGGGGACCUUGCUUCCCCUGUGACCACAUCUCUGUCUGGUGCCAGCACUCCUGUAUCUGUGCUUUUAGUGAGGGAAAUUGGCAAGGCCUCCAUCUGCUGCUCUCAGAAGUCUGUUUGGCCUGCCCUGUCACAGUCCCAUUUUACCCUGUCCUUGGGUUGCCCCCAUUCUUGUAUUCUGGCCCCAAAUCCUACUGCAAGGAGAUUCAGCCUUUGUGUCUCCACACCUUCUCAGUUUCCAUUUCCACCUCGGGCCUUUUAUAUGCAGAUGAGUUCCCUCGCCUCUUCUCCCCUUUGAGGAUGGGAGCCAGAGGGAGGACAAGCCUGAGGUCUCAGAGCUCUGGAGGUGUACCAAAAUCUCCAAAGUGAGGAUGUGUCUGUCUUCUCUAAUCCUGUGAUUUUUUUUCCCCUCCCCCAUCCUGCCCCAGACUUUCCACCAUUUGGUCACAAGGACCUGCCCAGAGACUGGGACACAAGGAAUCCCCUUGUUUCAGUUACAAUGGAGGCGGGUGUGGCAGGGAAAGACAGAGGCUCUUUAGUCCUAGGGCCCACAUCCUGGGAGGAGAGAGAGAUCCAGGGAAAGGCCACUUUCCUUCCUUUCUUAGAGCAAGCCCUAGACUCCUAGACCUGAGGAGGGUGCAGAGAAAUGGCUCUGGGCCUAGGUCCCAGGGUCCUAAUGAAUCACACCAAAGAAGGAAUUCAGGAAAGCUGCCAGCCUGAGGCUCAGGGGAAGGACAAGGAGAUAGGGUUGUGGUUGAUGUCAAAAUAUGAAUUCUUGGAGGUUAACCCUUUGAACCUCAGGUAACUGCCUACAUGUUGGUCCUUAUCUUUCCUGGGUCCUGAAACUAGAUUUUUGGAAGGCAAAAAGGAUAUCAGGUGAUCUUUGUCUAUUUGCUGUGCCCUCCUGAGUUGUAGGAGUGGAUCCGUAAUCCUAGAAUAACUGCUGCAGUUUCUCUACUUUCAUUCUAUGCUGGGGAAGGGAAGGAAGCCAAGUGGAUCAUCUCCACAUCCCCUAAACUCCUCAAGUCUUGUUCUGCACCCCCCGACCUCAGUCAUUUGGGCACAAUACAUUCAGUCCAUGGCUGUCCCCUAAAGAUCCUCUCUCCCAUCCCCUUAAUGUGAUUGAAAUCACUAAAAUAUAUUCUUGCCUCUCCUCUGCUGCCCAACAGCCCUCUCCUUACCUCCCCUCCUGGUUUUGGGCCUCCUGACCGUCCCUCUCCCCACCAAGUCCCCAGGCUGGAAAUUCAAAUACCCUUUUUAAAUUCCUACUCUGUUGCCAUUUUGUAGCAUGCUCUUGGUUAGUUCCCUGGAAGCUUAUGUGUUUGUUUAGUCAACAAACAUCUGAGCUGAAGAAGUUGCCUGCCCUCUUGUGGCCAUUAUGCAUCAUUGCCAUGGGUAGCUGGGUGGAACUUCCAAAUUCAAAUGCAGCAUUACAGAAAACCAGCCUCUCAUUGCACAGGCAAGCUGGAGAGACAGGCCUAGAGAGGUCAGAGAUUUGCUCAGUGUCAUCCAUGUUAAAUCCAUGGCCCAGGUUAGAGAACCCAGAUCUGCCUGCCUGCCUGCCCACAGUUCCAUCACUUGGCCAGAUUGUUCCCCCACCUCGCUCAGUCAAUACUAUCCAAACUCAAAGGGACUGAAAGAAAUUUUCCUCUGUUUUAAUAUUUAGGUUCUUACCCUACUGUAAAAAGGUAGUUCAAUGUUUAGAGAGGAGUUAUAGGCUCUGAGGAGAGAGAAACUUGGACCUGGAUUGGAUACUAAUCUGGACUGCAGAUACAAGGAAAAUCAAUCUUGGACCAUUUUUCUGGGUAGGGAGGGUGAGUCAGCCUAGAGGUCAUGGGGGCAGAACUCAGCAUUUCAAAUCUGGAGAUUAGAAGUGAGGGCUUCGGGAGAGAGGUUUGAGAUUAGGAAAUCCAGGUGGAUCCUGAGGAGUUGGGGAGCUCCGCAGCUCAGGGGAUUAUAGCUCAAUUGGAUAGGCAUCUGAGGGUUGAGGAGCAGGAGAGAUGGGUGGGGGGUGCCUGUGCACUCCAGGUAGGUCAUCCUGCUUAAUACCUGAGACCCUAUUUCACUGUCAGAGUAGUUUAGGAACCCAGUAAACACACGUCCUUGGUUCUUCCUACCUGCUUCUGGACUGGCUGCUUGAGGUUUAACUCUUCUGUUAAUUUAGGCCUUCCUAGGCUACAAGGAGGACCUGUUUGGUUGCUCAUAGAAAGAGAAGGGAGGAAAAGGGGGAGAGGUACAGAGAGAUAAAAGAGAAGAAGAAAACAGUGUUGAAAGUAUGAUCAGAUGGAGCAUACUGUCCUCCAGGCGGGCUUAGGGCUUUAGUCAGUCAGUGCUCAGGGUAAAGGCAGAGAUGAGACUGCUCUUGGCAGCUGCAGAAACAGCACCUGAUAGGAUAAGGAGUGUUGCUGGCUGGGAUGGGUACAUCAGGGAGACAUUAAACCAUGUGACUGGGCAAGUGUAAGGGCGUGCACUUAGGAUGGGGUCAAUGAGGUUUAGCAUUGGCAGCAUAGGUGAGAAAUGCUUGAGGUUUAUAGUGGACACACGCUCACUGUGUGCUUGGUGCAAGACCCAUACUGGGUGUUCAGUGACACCUGUUACUGGAGGGAUGAAUGUGUAAACCCACAAGGAGAUGUAACUUAUUUUUUUUAAGUAGGUAAUUAGGUAAUAGUAGGUAAUUUAAAAACAUUAUUUGAUUCUUAGCAACCCUAUAAACAAUGCCUUAUUAACAAUGUAUCGUUGUUUAGACAUUUGAUAAGGGCCAGAUAGGUAAUAAAUGAAUGGUAAUAUGAACCUAGUUCAGUCUGACUGCAGGGACUUCCAGGAAGUCUUGUCUGAUUCUCCACUUCUCACUCUCACAGACCUUACUUUCCUAGAAGAACAGAUUAGUGCUGCCUAGCAGCAAGGCCAACAUACUAGUUUUCUAUUGUUGCUGUAAUGACUCACCAUAAACUUAAUUGCUUAAAACAACACAAAUGUAUUUUAUUACAGUUCUGGAGGUCACAGGUAUGAAAUCUGUUUCAUUGGGCUAAAGUCAAGGUGUUGACAAGCUUGCAUUCCUUCUGGAGCCUGUAGAGGACAAUCCAUUUCUUUACCUUUCCGAGGUUCUAGAGGCUGCUUGCAUUCCUUGGUUCACAGCCCCUGCCUCCAUCAUCAUACCAGCAGCAUCUUCCCUCCUCUGAACUUUGCUUCCAUUCUUACAUCUUCUUUCUCUAAUUCUCCUGUUGCCUCUUAUGAGGAUUACAUUGUGAUUACAUAUCCUUGUAAUUACAUUAGCUCCACUGAGAUAAUCCAGGAUCAUCUUCCCAUCUCAAGAUCCUUAAUUUAACCAUAUCUUCAAAGUCGCUUUUACUGUAUAAGAUAAGAUAGGAAUUAGGGCAUGAGCAUCUUUGGAGGAGAGGCCAUAAUCCAACCACAGGCAGAGAUGGAGGGUGGGCAGGAAGAUGCACCCAGGCCCAGAAUGAGCAUCUCUGCUUUGUGCAGCCUCCCUCAGCUUGGUGCUAAGGAGGAGGUGGCCAGGUCCAAGCCCCAUGUCUGGGAAAUGGCAAGUGCCUCCUGCGUUAUCACUACCAGGAAGAGGAAAGAAUGAAGGUCAGACUUGAGAGAAAUUCUUGAUUUAGGGAACUUUUCAGGCUUGAGACUCUCCUAGUGGACAUGAUUGCCUCCUCUCCAGAACCAUUAUGUACUCCUCAAGGUAGGAGAAAAUUACCAGCAAACUAGCCUGUGCUCUCUCUGGAAAGGGUAGAUUUUCUCCUUUUUUAAAAUUAUUAUUUAUUGGUCUUAGAGGCAGGAAGGGAGACAACAAUUUGUUGUUCUACUUAUGUAUGCAAUCAUUGGUUAACUUUUUAAACUUCUAUUUAGUGAUUUUUAGAGAGAGAGAAACACUAAUUUGUUGUUCCACUUAAUUAUGCAUUCAUUGGGUGAUUCUUGUAUGUGCUCUAACUGGGGAUCAAACCCGCAACUUAGUGUAUCAGGACAAUGCUCUAACCAAAUGAACUAUCUGGCCAGGACAAUUUUCUCUGUUAAAUUAGUGUUUAUUCCUUAAUAGUUAAACUCUCAUCAUCAGUUGAUACUAAGUCUCUUUCUUGUUUUGUUUGCUUGUCAUCCCUGAUCCUCAUUCCACUUCCUGACCUAGGCAUACACUCUAAUGUGUUCAGUAUGUCUUUGUACAUCUAUGUAUCUUUAAAUAUAUAUAUAUAAUUAUGUGUUUAUGUGUUUUAAUAUAUAUAAAUGGUAUACUUUUAUAAUAAGCUAACUUCUGUCAUGAACUGCCCCAUAUUUCAGUGAUUUAACACAAUAAAGAUUUAUUUCUUACUUACACAGGAGCACAGGUGUUGUGGUUGGACAGCUCUUUUCCACUGUGCAUUUCAGGUCCCAGGCUCCUCCCAUUUUCAGAUAGUGAGAGCCUGAUCCUGCAUCAUAAGUUUCCUUGUCAACUUUUCACCAAAUUGUUUUACCAUCCAUUAAUGACCAUUUUAUGAAUUGGUUAUUUCAUCAGGGAUUACAAAAUAAUGAUUUUCUAAUGCUAUUAUUUUUUUCUUCUGUACAGAAAAAUUUUUUCAUAUCCUUUAGGACUAUUUGGUUACUCUGAAAUAAAGUUCAUACCAGAAUGUCAAGACAAA